AUGACGGACCACCUUGAAGACAACUCCCUAGCCAUCGAGGCUACCAAUUUCACUUACACUUUUUCCGGAACCAACAAGUUUGGAUUGGAAAAUGUUAGUCUCGCCUUGGAGUGGGGCACAUUCAAUUUACUUGUGGGACCCAAUGGAGCAGGAAAGUCAACGUUAUUGAAGAUAUUGGCAGGAAAGACAUUGAUAAAAGCAGGAAGCAUCAAGCUAGGAGGAUUUGACCCCUUUUCUGAUAACAGAACGAGGAGCCAGCAACACAAUUCUGACAUUAACCAAUACAUCACAUACUUGGGAACUGAAUGGGCCACUAAUUCAAUGGUCAAGCGUGAUAUUUCGGUCAAGGUAUUGAUUUCAUCCAUUGGUGGUGAUGUGUAUCCCGAAAGAAGAGACCGUUUAAUCGACAUACUAGACUUCGACCCCGAAUGGUCGAUGUUAAACUUGUCAGAUGGUGAACGCAGAAGAGUUCAGAUAGCAAUGGGGUUGGUGAGACCAUGGAGACUUCUACUUAUUGAUGAGGUGACCAUUGACUUAGAUGUUAUAGUCAGACAAAAGUUAUUGAAUUAUCUCAAAGAAGAGUGCAAUGAUAGAAGAUGUACGGUGGUGUAUGCCACUCAUAUUUUUGAUGGAAUUGACAGGUCAUGCUACGAUAGAAUCAUUCAUUUGAGCGAGGGAGCAAUAGUGGAUAACUAUGAGACAAAAGAUAUUAUUUAUGAUCAGACUCUCCAAGAAAAGGUGCAGUUGGGAUCCCAGGUACGUGUGAAGCCUACGGAAUCAUUAUAUCCUUUGGCGACUCGCUGGUUAAGCGACGACUUGAGCCUUAGAGGAACUCGAGAUGAUGAGAAGGCGAAGAUGGCAAAGAGACACUCCGCUUGGGAGAACAAGGGUCCCAAUGACAAUAGGUUUCUUGAUGGAAAUGAUGAGAGAUUGAAGCAAUAUUUCAAGUCUACAAGAAGCCACAAGUAG